CACAUCCCAUUAUGUGAAGAGAUAACACGCAGAGGGUGUGCGUAUAUAUACACUCAUUGUGUCUGUUAACAAUACGUGUCAACACCAUUUUAACAUGCACACCUGUACAGUAGAGUAACAACGAAGAAACCAGACUGAACCGCCAUUGGUAUAUCAACACAUUCAUCUUCACCUCAUACGUCACUCACGCCUAUUAUUCGCUCAUAAGGGAUAGGGACUUGAGGUGAGUCUAUACUCAGUUAUGAAGUUUGGAAAGGAGUUUAAGCAGCAGAAGGUGCCAGAAUGGACCGACGCCUACGUGGACUACAACGGGCUCAAACGAAUAUUACACAAAGUUCGACAAUUCAGACAACGCCAAAGACCUCCAACACCAAUGAGAAUUUCCCAGCAGUUAUCAUUAUACAAACCCUUUAGUGGUCUAGAUGUAAAAUCUAGCCCUGAAGAGACUAAAAACGAUGUUGAGGACCAAGUAAUAGCCGUUGAAACUGUACAAAAUGGCGAUUCUAGAGAAGUAUACAACACCAACUUUUUGCCAUCAACUAAUGAAGGAGAAGAGAGCGAGGUAACGUUUUUCGAGAAGCUUGAUGAGGAGCUUAACAAGGUUAAUACCUUUUAUAGGGACAAGGUGGAAGAAGUAAUCGAGGAAGCAGCUUCGUUGAAUAAGCAAAUGAAUGCUUUAAUCGCAUUGCGGAUCAAAGUCAAACAACCGGAUAUCAAAAAAUGCCAUAUUCUGAGAAAGGUCUCGACGGAUAGUAGUUCCACCGAAUCCUCAAAAUCUGAUUCUCCUAAUAGAGAAGAUACAUUAGAGAGCAGACAUGUGGGUUCGAAAAUUGAUGUCGAGGGGAUCGAUGAUGCCUAUAGAAACGGAGUGAAUCCUGAUAAUAAUGAAUCGGAUCCUUUGGAUGUACUUGACCGUGUGAGGAUUAAUAAUACUCUUGAAAGCCCAAUGUCAACCAUCAGAAGUGUUCUUAACGAUUCAAAAGACAAGGAUUUGAGAUUUAAGAAAGAGGAGCUAAAAGAAGCAGAAGGACAGCUGAAGGUCGCUUUUGUUGAAUUCUACCGCAAACUUCAUCUUUUGAAGCAUUACAGUUACGUAAAUCUCCUUGCAUUUUCGAAGAUAUUGAAAAAAUAUGAAAAGAUUGCAUUAAGACGGGCAGCGAGGUCGUAUAUGAAAACUGUGGAUGAUUCUUACAUUGGUAGCUCCGAUGAGGUCACGCUUCUCCUCGAUCGAGUGGAGAGUACUUUCAGCAAAUACUUUGCAAACUCUAACCGUAGAGAAGGUAUGAAAGUUUUGAGGCCAAAACGGAAGAGAGAAAAACACAGGGUAACAUUCUUUUCAGGAUUCUUUUCUGGUUGCUCAAUAGCACUGCUGAUUGCUAUCAUAUUACUUAUACAAGCAAGGAAAGUAACUACUAGAAAGGAGCAUUCCAUGUAUAUAGACAAUGUUUUCCCUCUUUACAGUUUGUAUGCGUAUAUAAUCCUACAUAUGCUUAUGUAUGCUGCAAAUAUAUACUUCUGGAAGCACUGUAGAAUCAAUUACUCCUUCAUAUUUGGUUUUAAUCAAGGAACUGAAUUAAGCUACCAGGAUGUAUUCCUCUUUAGCACGGGUCUUGCAGUUCUGACACUUGGCACCUUUCUGGUGCACGUACACAUGAAAGUGGAUUCCGUUAAUGCUGUGUAUUCCAAAUAUACAGAGUUAGUUCCAUUGGGAUUACUCAUUGUUUUCGUUGCCAUCUUUUUAUGUCCGUUCAAUAUCUUGUACAAAUCCAGCCGUUUAUUUCUUAUGCGAAGUCUGUUUCAUUGUAUUUGUGCUCCUCUCUACAAGGUUCAAUUUGCUGAUUUUUUCUUGGCGGAUCAGUUGACUAGUCAGGUUCAAGCGAUGCGGUGUUUAGAGUUUUACAUUUGCUACUAUGGGAUGAGAUGGUAUACGAAGGAAGAGAAGUGUCAUCAUUUGGAUCUCUACAAUUUCUUCUAUAUUAUUAUGGCGGUUAUACCAUAUUGGAUUCGGUUUCUUCAGUGUGUUCGGCGACUGUUUGAGGAAAAAGACUGGGUCCACUUGGUCAACGGAUCAAGAUACUUCUUGACAAUUGUAGCAGUAGUAGUUAGAACUGUGUUUGAACUGAAGAUGAAGAAAAGCUGGAAGGUUUUGGCCCUAGUGAGUUCAGUUGCUGCAAUUCUGUUCAACACAUAUUGGGAUAUCGCUAUAGAUUGGGGACUUUUACAAAGAAAAUCGAACAACAUGUUCCUUCGGAACAAGCUUGCAGUAUCGCACAAAUAUGUGUACUUUGUAGUCAUGGUACUGGAUAUUGUACUAAGACUUGCUUGGCUACAAUUGGUGGUGAAAUUUAACAUACGCGCUCUGAAAGGAACUGUGAUAUCAGCCUUAUUUUCCUCCCUUGAAAUAUUCCGGCGUGGUGUAUGGAUGUUUUUUAGGUUGGAGAAUGAGCAUUUGAACAACGUCGGGAAAUAUAGAGCAUUUAAAAGCGUCCCGCUUCCCUUCAGUUACUAUGAAGAGGACGAAAACGAAAAGAAGGAUGAAUGAAAUAUUUUUGCAUUUUUCAGUACGGUGAUAAUUGCCCCAUAUUGAUACUCACAAGCAUAAGGUACAGAUCUUGGUUGAGAAUUUUAAAUUUUGUAGGGUUCUCGUAAAAAAUGCAUGAUGCCAAGAUGAGUUUUUGUAUAUUUUUUAAAAAUUUGUAAGGAACAUAUUAAUCUUUAAUAAUCAUGAAUUUUGGUGGCUAA